CCAGGGCAGAGCUGGCGCGUGCGCGUGUCUCGGAUUUUGCUUACUGAUGAUGAUGAUGAUGAUGAUGAUGAUGAUGAUGAUGAUGGUGAUGAAGAUGAUACCUAUGCCAGGUGCGUGAUGAAUCGGCUAUCAAAGACUCAAGCACGAAUUCCCCGAUGAGAUAUCGACCGUCGACAAUAUUCUCUUGUUUCAUGGACCUGCAUGGCCGACCGCCGCGGAAUUCUCAUUCCGCUCAUCAUCCUCUGCUGGAUCAUCUUGGCUCCUAAUGCCAAUCGCACGCCGAUCGGUCCAUACGAAGGGCGGCGCAUCGAGGACGCAAUCGCCAGUGAGCAGGUCUCAUUGGCUGUCUUGCGCAAUUCGACAUGGAACACAACACUCGAUCUUGAACAUUCACACUUGAACUUGACCGGACUCGAGCCGGACCGAGGGUAUGCCUGGAAAUCUUUGUCAAAAGUACAAACGCGGGUUCAGGAGCAUUUGAAGUACGCUUUGGGGGAAUGGGGUCUACACUCGCUGGGAGCGGUUCCCGGGAAACCGAAUGCGAUACCUUUGUAUGCCAACAUCACCGGCCAUGUGCGCGGAAGAUGGCAAAGGUCCAAACUCCAAGAGGAGCUCAUGAUCCCGCAGCUCAAUUUCUCGGAAUACGCGACCCCGAAUCCAUUCGGUCAGACCACAACCCCUCCAUUGUUCCAUCGCAACAUUACAGGCCAAGGCGGAGAUAUCGCCAUCCGGCUCAACGAUGAACGCUCAGACAUUCCUGAGCAGCCAGGGAGUGCGUUGGGCAGAUUAGCCGAUAUCAGCAUGCAGAUGGAAAUCACAGACACCGCAACGCAUGAACAGUGGGAUAUGAAACUCUAUGGGGUACACUUCGUCGAUGUCGGGCAGGCGAUUCUGACAACGACGAGCGACAAGUGGGCUGGGAUCUUUCUGCUACCGCAUCUAACAUUGUCGGAAAAGACAUUCGCAGGCGCAAAAGCUGUCCUCAACCGUACUAUACCUCGCGUGAUCGAACGACAGAUCAACGGCAAGUUGGAUGCCCUGAAACCUUGGGCUGCGACCAGCGAAGCGACACACGAAUCGUUCUCUCAGCCCGCGUGUGACUUGAUCGUUUAUUUGCAACAACUGAGCCCCGUGACGAACGAACAACUCUCCUCAAGUGUCGUCUCAUUCCUCGAGCGCGAAAUGCGCUUCCCGACUGGUGCUAUAUUGCCCAGGGCGCCCGACCUGCGAUUUUCCAUGAUUGCCUUGUCCCCCGAUUGUGGGUUCGUUCUGGAAUCGAAAGGACCGCCCGAUGAUGCCCGACAGGACAAUAAUCAUCUGGUCGGACCCAAGAUGGAGGUAGAAUAUCAUCAUGGUCGACAACAUCUUUUGCUAUUUACCGUGACCUUGGCGCUACAGGUUUGGUUGUUGAUGCGGCAGAUGCACGAAGCAAACACGCCCUCCACGCGCAGCCGAGUCAGCUUCUACACAAUCGCGAUGUUGGCUCUCGGUGACGGCUUCACAACCAUGACUUUUCUUCUACUCAGCAUGUUUGUGCCAGGCUUAUGGAUCAAUCUCGUCGCAACAUCGUUUCUUGCUUUCAGCAAUGUUUUCUUGUUCGACAUGCGCUUUCUGAUGGAUCUGUGGGCUGUGCAAGCGCCGGAACGUGCUCGACGCGCCCGUGAGCAGGCCGAAGCUGCACGGCGACGCAGAGAAGAGAACGGUAGAUCUUCACCGCCUGCGUUGUCCGAGUCUGUAGCACACAACGAUGUCACCGCUGCUGCAAACCCGUCCGAUCCGAGUGCGACGUCGGCACCUUCAGAUGCUUUGCCUACUACCGGAUCUCUGCCAUUACCAGUCACAACAAAUCGUCCAGGUCGACUUAUCGACACUGGAGCUUUACCUAUCUUCGUUCCUGCCGAUGGCGACACGACUCCCGACAUGGCAACUGAUACGGCUGAUGUAAACGGAGCUGGCACGGCAGCUCCUGACACUGGCGAGCCACGUUCGCCGAGCUUCGGCUCCCUCUAUACUCGAUUCUACCUGUUGCUCCUUGCAAUUCUGUUCCUCAGUCUCAACGCGUCAGCAUGGCCGUCGCCUGUCAGUCGAACCUACUUCACUCUGCAAUCUCUCGCCUACCUUAGCUUCUGGGUCCCACAAAUCUUCCGAAAUAUCAAUCGCAAUUGCCGCGUUCCCGCGUUGACUUGGGAGUUUGUCGCCGGCCAAAGCAUUUUGCGACUGGUGCCCUUUGCAUAUUUCUUUGGCUACAGAGGAAAUGUGCUAUUUGCCGACCCGAACUGGUUUAGCUUAGCACUCAUGGUCCUGUGGGUAUGGGUUCAAGUUGUCCUGCUGGUCUCUCAGAACCUGUUCGGACCUCGUUGGUUCUGGCUCGGAUCCGCUCCACCCGCUUUCGAUUACCAUCCGAUUCUACGAGAAGACGAAGAAGGCGCCACGAUGCCCAUCGGCUUCUCACAGGCCGCAGCUGCGGGUGCCCCGGGCGUAUCUUCGGUGCCCUCGACCCCAAGUCUGGAGAGAAGGCAAUCGUCUUUCUCAAUCACGAAGGAUUCCAAGGGGAGCGGCAAGCGGAUCUUCGACUGUGCGAUCUGCAUGCAAGAUUUGGAAGUGCCGAUCGUGGAGGCUGGCGGCAGCGCAGCCGAUGCCUCUCUCGGCGGCAGCGCCGGGCUGCUCGCGAGGAGAAUGUACAUGGUCACGCCAUGUCGGCACAUCUUCCACAGCGCGUGUUUGGAAGGGUGGAUGAAGUACCGCUUGCAAUGUCCGAUUUGCCGCGAGACGCUGCCUCCUCUUUGAGCGAAGGCGAUGACCCCUUGGAUCAGAGGUAGAAAGGGCCUCCUUACUAGAGGUUUUUGUUUUCAUGGUUGUACGCUAUAUUGAUAUAUUUCUAUGGUCGGUAAAAGUUUCACGUUUGAAUUUGAUGUCCAGGAUGGUACAUGUGCGAGGGCGGCCAGCCGCAGUGGUAAUAGUGGUGAAUACCACAGUCUCAUCAAUUAUGAAAUGGUCAUGCUUCUCUUCAGA